AUGGGAAUGGAUGUUGAGCGAGAGGGAGAAGGAGGAGAAGGAGAAGGAGAAGGAGGAGAUAUUGCGGAGGAACAGAAUCAUAAUGUGAUCCAAGAGAUCUUGAUUAUUAUUGAAUCUGUUGCUCGAUUUGGAGAUUUUCGAAAAACACAGAGAAAAGAAUGUUAUGGACUUGUUAGACGUUUGAAACUUUUGUUACCCUUGAUUGAGGAGAUCAGAGACCUUGAUACGCCUAUUUCUAAAGCUGGUAUGGUUUGUCUUGUUAAUAUAAAGAAGGCACUUCUUAUGGCAAAGAAAUUGUUGAAGAUGUGCAACGAAGGAAGCAAGAUUUAUCUGGCGUUAGAGUUGGAGGCGGUUAUGAUUAAAUUCCAUGCUGCAUUUGACAAAUUAAGUCAAGCUUUGGAGGGUUUGGAUUAUGAUGAACUUGGGAUCUCAGAUGAAGUGACAGAACAGGUUGAGCUUAUUUGCCUGCAACUUAAACGAGCAAAGAGGAGAACAGACACACAAGAUAUAGAACUUGCAGUGGAUAUGAUGGUGGUAUUCUCUGAAGAGGAUGAACGAAAUGCUGACAGCGCCAUAAUAGAGAGACUGGCAAAAAAGCUUGACCUACACAGUUGUCAGGACCUGAAUAAUGAGACUAUAGCUGUGAGGAAUCUUGUCAAAGGAAGAGCAGGCCAAAAUUUAGAGAGCACCCAGAAAAUUAUAGACCUUCUAAAUAAAUUCAAACAAGCUGCAGGUAUGGAAAUCACUAAUGUUCUUGAUGACCCUGUUAUUCCAAAAAUGCUGGAGAAGAGCCACUCUAUAGUCAUCCCUCAUGAAUUUCUCUGCCCAAUCACCCUAGAGAUAAUGAGUGACCCGGUUAUUGUUGCAAGUGGACAGACAUAUGAAAGAGAAAGCAUACAGAAGUGGAUCGAUUCCAAUCAUCGAACUUGCCCGAAAACCAGACAAACUCUGGCUCACCUGUCGCUGGCACCAAACUAUGCCCUCAAGAACCUAAUCUUGCAGUGGUGUGAGAAGAACAAAUUUAAGCUUCCAAAGAAAGAUAAUUCAGUAUUCUCAGAAUGCUCUAGUGCAGAGCACAAAGAAGAAAUCGCAUCUCUAGUUGAAAAGCUAUCUUCUAGUGACCUAAAAGUGCAAAGAGCGACUGUAAAGAAGAUACGGUUACUCUCAAAGGAGAAUCCAGAGAACAGAAUUUUAAUAGCUAACAGCGGAGGAAUUUCACCCUUAGUUCAACUUUUGUCCUAUCCAGAUUCUAAAAUUCAAGAGCAUGCGGUGACAGCUUUGUUGAAUUUAUCUAUUGAUGAGACUAACAAGAGACAAAUAGCUCAAGAAGGAGCUAUUCCUGCGAUAAUAGAAGUUCUGGAAAAUGGAAGCAAAGAGGCAAGAGAGAACUCAGCAGCAGCUUUAUUUAGCUUAUCAAUGCUUGAUGAGAAUAAAAUAACCAUAGGAUUAUCAAAUGGUAUUCCACCAUUGGUAGAUUUGUUACAAAAUGGGACAAUUACAGGUAAGAAAGAUGCUGUUACAGCACUAUUUAACUUAUCUCUCAACCAUUCAAACAGGGCUCAGGCUAUUGAUGCUGGCAUUGUGUCACCUUUACUCAAUUUAUUGAAGGAUAAAAACUUGAACAUGGUUGAUGAGGCACUCUCUAUUUUUUUACUUCUUGCAACGAAUCCACAAGGGCGUCAACAGAUUGGACAGCUUACAUUUAUUGAAACUCUUGUAGAAUUCAUUAAGGAAGGGACCCCAAAGAACAAGGAAUGUGCAGCAGCGGUUCUACUUGAAUUGGGGUCAAAUUCAUCUUUUAUACUAGCAGCACUUCAGUAUGGUGUGUUUGAACAUUUGGCUGAGCUCACAAAUAGUGGAACAAACAGAGCUCAGAGGAAGGCAAAUGCUCUUUUACAAGUUAUACACAGGUUUGAACAAUUGUAACUCCAUUAAAGAUAAGAGUUUUAAUUUUGUAUUAAUUCACUAUUUGCUUUGAUUAAUUCUUCAAACCUCUUUUGUUCAAGUUCCAUGGAAAAAUCUUAAAGAUAUAGUAUAAUUCAGUUUUGGUAUUG